AUGCCGGCAGCCCCUGGCGGAAGUGGCGAUGGUCAGAUUGCUUGUCCGAUUUGCGCGCGAGACUUUCCCCAAGGGCAAAUCGAGGCCCAUGCCUCCUCCUGCGGGCUGAAUGCCUCGCCACAUGUGUCUCCCUCCCGUCCGGGGCGACAGCCCAUCGCCGCCGCAUGCCCUUCUUCCCCGGUGCCUGCCUCUGCUGGCACGCGUGAGGAGUGCCUCCUCUGCUGCCAGCCACUGGAACCCGGCAGCCUGAGGACACAUCUGGCAACCUCGGCCUGCCCUCAGGCCGGCACCUCCCUUGGCCGGGCGAUCCUCGCGCAGGUGGCUCCCCUCUCGGCCGACGCCGCGGAUUUCGUUGACACCCCGGACGCCGCGUCGCCCGAGCAGCUCGUCCAAUCGACCCUGGACUGGGUUUCCGACUUCAUGGCACGGUCGGGCGGAGUGUCCAUUGGCCGGGGUCGCGGCCGCCGGGCGCGAGCUGCUGGGCCCCUGGCCGGCGCCCUGCGCACUCAACUCCUCGUCGAUCAGGAAAACAGCAAUCUCCGUGCUGCCCUCUCGGACAGUGCGAUUACCAGUUCCCGCGAAACUGAAGAGCGCCGCUCCUUCCGGGCAAGGCCCGGCCUGUUGGCUGGCCGGCGCUUGGGCAUCUCGCCGAGCGAGGCGCGACUCCUGGCGCGGCUCCAUACCGACGGCCGCGUCGGCCGAGCCCCGGGAUUCGGCCUCUGCGCCAAGUCCCGGGUUUUGUGCUGUCGGGCCGGGCCCUCGCGACCGCUCGUGGCGGCUCCCCUGCCGAGUGUCGUGUGGUCUCGGGCGCCUUCCUUCUCGGCCCUCGGGCGCCAGUCCCGGGCGCCGGUCGAUUUGCCUCCCUUGGGCCCUCGCCCGCCGGCCGACUGGCCCCCCUCGCGCCUGGCUCAGCUGGCGCGCGCCGGCCCCAACUCCCUCGGGCCGACUGUGCCGGAUGCCAGCCACCCUCCCUACUGCAUCCCGGACUUGGCGCCCUUUGUCCGAGGGGAAGCCCCGCCCCCGGCUCCGUGCCCUUUCCUCCUGCCGCAGCCACUGCCCGGGAGUGAUGGGCAAGUCCCCUCGGCCGAGCAGCUCCGCGGCUACAUUUCCGCCAGCAUCUGGCAUUUCCAACGGCGCCUGCACUAUGCGCUGUCCGACGCCAUCACCGAGUAUGAGAGCCAGGUGCGCGAGCUGGGGCGCUUCCUCUAUCACCCGGCCUCCUUCCUGAACUUCGCCGAAGGAAUGGAGGAUGGUGCGUGGCGCGAGGCCUACCCCCUGCCGGCGUCCUUCCUCGGCGGCCUGGACGCUGUCGCCCUGCCACGCGCUGAGACCCCCGCAUCCCGGCCCUCCGCCACUCGGCCACCCCUGUCCUCCGCCGUGGUCCCCCCACUGGACGGCAUGGUGCUCGGGCGCGAUAUGGCACCUCCCGCCGGGACUAGCGCCGGGAUGUCACCGACCCCAGAACCCUCAUCAUCCCCCUCCUCCCCGUCCGCAUCCUCCCCCUCUUCACCCUCCCCUUCGACACUGGCGCUGCCCGUGGAGGAGAUCGCCCCCUCGAUGGCCAGCAUGGCCGCUCCCCUGCCGGAUGUCCAACAUCCCACGGCGUUUGAUGCCCUGCAUGAUGAUCUGCUCUUUGAGUCCGAUGACCCACUCGACCUUGAGCACUUGCAGUUCAUCCACGACAGUCAGACCUCUUUGGCGGAGCUCCGGGCCGCCUCGACCGAUCGGCCCCCUCGAGUUCGGCCCCUCACCGAGGCGCCCACGGCCCUCUCGCCCCCGGGCAAUCCGCCGGAAUCUGUUCCAUGUAGCCAUGCUCCCGCCAUGGCAUCUGCUCUGGAGUCUCUCCCGACCAGGACCACCCGGCCGGCUGGAGUCCCUGCCGAAGCACCCUCUUCCCAAACACCUUGGGAGGAGGAGCUCCCCUUUAGGGUCCCCGCCGCGCCGGCCAGCCCCCCGCGCAUUCAUCCUGGUGGCCCUCGGGAGGGCCAUCCAUUGGCGGACGCCCCGGCUACCCCGGUGGCCCCGCUCCGGCGCCUUGUCCCGCCGACACCGCGGUACAAGACCUUCGCCGACCACGAGUUGCAAGAGCUCUGUGCGCAGUAUGGGAUCCGAUUCAAGGGCCUGUCCAAAGGCCGCGUCUUGCAGCAGCUUGUGGCCAUUUGGCGCUUCCAGCGGGGCGACUCGCCGUCGGUUGGUCCCCCAGCGCCCGGGGCGCCGGCCGACCAGCCCACCAACGCCUCUCCCCCGGAGGCAGCCACCGAGCCAGCCGCUGCUUCGUUGCCGGCGCCGCCCGACUCCUCGCCGCCCUUCGAUCAGCCCCUGGAUCAGCCCCUGGACCAACCCUCCUUCGGUAGCGGCCAGUCCCUGUCCUCCUCCCUGAUCAGCUCGGUGUUCGACGACUACGACGACUUCUUCAUGGACGGCGAUCCGGUGCGCCUCUCCCCGCCUCCUCGUCGGUCACCUCGCUCCUCGCUGAAACCCUCCCCCUCCAGUGAACCCAGCAGCCGGUCGCCAUCCUCUUCAACGUCGCUGGCCGCCGCGCCCCCCUCGCCAGCCCCGUCGACUACCACCCUCCCCCAGGCCACGGACGACAUGCUGCACUAUCUGCUGCGCAACUCGCCCGACAUUUACAACCAAAUUAUCACAUUCAAGCCGCUUGAAUUUGCCGUCGUCCACGACUUGGUUCGCCAGUAUGUCACCUGCACUCCGAAGCAGCUCACCCAGUUUUUGGACCAGAAUGGCAUCAUCUUUGCUCCGGCCUCAAACACCGGUCCCCGGACAAAGUACCCGCCCAAACCAAACCGCCGACGCGACCCGCGCGCAUAG